AUGGCUUCAAACAUCGUUGACAGAGUGGGUAAACCCCGGCUUGACAAGUAUCAGAGGCUUGUUAGCAGACUGUACGAGCCUCUGAUCCUUUUGUUGCUUGAACAGCCUGUGCAAGGGCCGCAUGUAAUUUCCAACCACGACAAUGCCAGUCUGACAUCCUCCCGGCGCAGACUGACCCAAAACCUUGCCUACAUUUGCGAUUGGGACAAAGGUGGCCGUACCACCACCUCCAUCGCCAUCGAGGACUCUGAGCAUUGCUAUAUGUUUUGGGUGGCCUCUAACCAGGACCAUGGGCAAGAAGCAACGGAUGCAAACGUUGGAGCAUCAGACUUUCUGAGAAAAAUCCUGCAGCAUCUCCAGGACACAACCAGAAAACCAAAUCCGAACGCUACGUGGCUGAGAAAUCAAGAAGAUGCUUGUGCGCGAGCGUGUACAGCCUUUGCAUCUCGGAGAAUCAAGAAGGAGGAGAAGAUCUUGUCAAACAUGGCCAAGAGGUGCCUUGACUACGUUGGCAACACAAGCUUUGACCACGGGAAUAUUGCCGGAGCUAAGAUUAAUGAGCUCAAGCCUUGGUUGCGGCAAUUCAACUUCCAAUCGAGAGAGUCGGCAUACGAAAAAUGCAUGUUGGCUUAUAAUGCUCGGAACGAUCCGCAAAUGGAUACACUCCGAAGACUUGGCCAAGAGGUUGUGGAUGACCCGGGUGCUGAGCCAAUAGUCCUUGCAGCUAGUACCGUACGACACUUCGUUGGGCGGUUGGCAGAGCACAUCCGUACCGCAAAGCAACUCAUCGAAGAUGCCUUACGCGUGAGGCAUGUUUUUGACGUCUUCCAAGUGACCACGGUUGAGCCUCCUGCGUGUGUUACACCACCAGAAGCUGACUCCCAUACCACCCUGGAUGGCAUUUUCAAGAGGAUUUUUCAGAGCAGAGACAGUAACUUGCCUGCUUUUCAGUUCGGUUUGUCUAGACUGAAGGAGCACGCCUGUAUCGAAGCGAAAAUCAAGGAGAAAUACGACGAGAUCCAGGCUAAGCCUCCAAUUGUUCACUCUGAAAUUCAGGUUUUAGAGCAUUUUCACAGAAACGAGCUGCAGUUUGCAAACAACGACCGUUUUGUUGGCACCAGCAAGUUUUCUUGCUUCUGCUGUAAGCUCUACUUCCGCCAUCACCCCUUGAACCCGGUUGAGCCCGAUUCACAUGAGCAGGUCUACUUAAAUUGGGGACCCAUUGCACUCCCCGAAGGAUCUUUCGAUCCCUUGUACCUGGAACAGAGGGAUAUCAUUAAUCCUCUGGUCCGAGAUCUUCGAGUCGCAGUUUUGCAGCUGUUGAGAGACAAGCGCAUCCCUGGUUUUCGCCACCCAAAUUCCGUCACUGGAGUUACUCGAUCAUCAGAUGUAGUUGAGUCGUUCACAUCUGAGGCAGAGUCGGAGGCAGAGUCAGAGGGCGGAGUCGCGUUAUAG